AUGUCGACCAUCCUUCAAAGAUUACGAGGUGGGAACCUCGAGGUUUUCAAAUUCGGCAUGUACAUCCUCUUCCCAAUUGGAUGGAUGUAUUAUUUCGGAACAAACCUCGACGAGCGCUUCAAGGUCCCGGGCUUCUGGCCUACCACUGAACAAUCGCAUAAGAUCCCGCUGGAGAAAGAUGAGAUUGACAAGGAGCUGACGCGAAUGCGCAUGGUGGAUGUCGCUAGACGGGAGAGGCGCCAACGAGAGGCCGAGGCUCAGGCCCAGGCCGAAGCCCAACUGCAGGCUCAGAGUCAAGCGCAGAACGCGGAAUGA